UUUGGCGGGAAACAUGCCGGCGAGACACCACGAUCGUCUGCCAGACUCAGCCGUCUGACUUUUCAAGUAUAAAUCGGAGCAUUUUUGAUGGAUCUUUACCAUUCCUCGUGGAUUUGACAACAUCUCCUCAUCGUCCAAUAUCCAGUGAAGACUUGCUACUCUCGUCGAUCGUCUAACGUGCUCUGAUUAUAAUGUUUCCGGCAGCGAUCGCUAUGAAGCCCAGCAUGAUGAAGUUCCAAUCUCGUCGUGGCAGCGACGGAGAGACAUCGGACUCAGAUUAUUGCGAGGACAUCUAUGAUGUCAGUCCAAUGCAUGGAUGCACCGAUGCCUUCACCAGUGCGGCUACGGCGCCCAAGUGGAGUGUGCCCGACCAGAUGAUCGUGGACAGUACGGUGCAGGCUCCUGCCGACCCGACUUACCUGAACGAGUGGUUCCUCAUGAUGAAGAGCAACGAAGUCAAGUUUCAUCCCGUCCAGUCCCUCAACAACCAGCCUCAGAUCACAGGUGAGAUGAGAGGUCUCCUAGUCCGCUGGUUGACGCAUGUGUGCCAGACCAUGCAACCACGCCUCCUACCGGAAACGCUGUUCCUUGCAGUUAACAUCGUGGACCGUUUCCUGGCCGUAACACCUCUCGGACUGGACUGCCUACAGCUUCUUGGGGCCACCGCGCUUUUCAUCGCUACCAAGAUGGAGGAAGUCCAUCCCCUCUGUGCUGAAGAGAUUGUCAGCUUGUGUGAUGAAGGCCAGUACACACGGGGACAGCUCAGAAUGCUGGAGAGGAAAGUCUUGAGUACGCUCGGUUUCCACCUGACCGUUCCCACCUCCAUCCUGUUCCUGGAGCACCUGGCCGAGGCCGGCCAGUACGACCACCUGACCAGCUGCCUGGCCAGACACCUGCUGGUGACAUCACUGCAGGACUACGUCAUCUGUCAGCACGCUCCCUCCAGCCUCGCUCUCGCAGCCCUGAACUUGGCCGCAAGUCUUGUCAACAACACCAGAAUGAACACCUGCCCAGCUGUAGAGAGGUGCAUUCUGGACCUGCAGCUGGUGUUGAUGACGAUGAUGGACAGCCUCCCCCUCCCGGACCUCCUCAUGAUGUGUUACCAGCAGUACCACCAGUGAACACUGACCUCCGUCCAUCCCACAUCACAACUCUCAUCUGACUUAUGACAUCCGUGUUCUGAAGUGAUGCUGAACAACCUUAGAACAGAUGUAAAGUACUUUGGCAAAACCCACUUUUCAACGGUUAAUGGUCAAUCAGUCUCGAAUUGUAUCUGAAAGAUGCAUUUUAACAUUGUUGUGUAAAAUUGUGCUGUCCUUGUGUAAGAUUAUUAUUCAUAUUGUGCUGGCAUGAUAAUGAUGUUCUUCAGAAUUGUUGUUCAGAUGAGACUAUUCACAAAGUGCAAUACUUAAUGUAAUGUGAUGAAAUGUAGUGUGAUGUAAUGUGAUGUGAUGUGAUUUAUUGAAUAUUGAGAGUAGUUGGGAAAUGAUGCAAUAUUGUGACUGUUGUACAUAAAAUAUAUAAUAUAUGCUAUGCUGCUAUUUCAAAAGUAAUAACUUAUUAUGAAUAUGGGACAGCUAUUGUGACAGGAUAUG